UACUACUACUACCACUAGUACUACUACUACUAAUACUAUUAGUAAUACUACUACUACUUCUAAUACUACAAUUAAUACUAGUACUACUACUACUACUACAACUACUACUAGAACUACUACUACUAGUACUAGUAAUACUACUACUACUUCUAGUACGACUAUUAUUAUUAGUACAACUACUACUACAACUAUUACUAAUAAUACUACUACUAAUAUUACUACUACUACUACCAGUACUACUACUAGUACUACUACUAAUACUACUAGUACUGAUACUACUACUACUACUGCUACUACUAGUACUACUAAUACUACUACUAGUACUACUAAUACUACUACUAAAACUACUACUACUACCACUACUACUACUAGUACUACUACUACUAGUAAUACUACUACUAGUACUACUACUACUAGUACUACUACUAAUACUACUACUAGUACUACUGCUAGUACUACUACUACUCCUAUUACUAAUACUACUAUUCCUACCAAUACUAAUACUACUACUAAUAGUACUAAUAUUAUUACUAGAAUUACUAACACUACUAUUAUUACUAGUACUCCUAAUAUUAGUACUAAUAAUACUACUAAUAAUACUACUACUACUAGUACUACUACUAAUACUACUACGACAAUUGGUACUACUACUACUAGAACUUCUUCCACUAGUACUACUACUAAUACUAGUACUAAUAUUAUUAAUAAUACUACCAGUACUACUACUAGUACUACUACUACUACUAGCACUGAUACUAUAACUACUAUUGCUACUACUAGUACUACUACUACUACUAGUGCUACUACUAAUAAUACUAGUAAUAUUACUACUACCACUACUACUACUAUUAGUACUACUACUACUACUAGUACUAGUACUACUAGUAUUACUACUACUACUUAUCUACUAUACUACUACUACUACUAUACUACUAAUACCACUAGUACUACUACUAUUACUAGUACUACUACUACUACUACUAGUAAUACUACUACUACUUCUAGUACUACUACUAAUACUAGUACAACUACUAAUAAUACAACUACUACUAAUAAUACUACUACUAAUAUUACUACUACUACUACUACCAGUACUUCUACUAGUACUACUACUAAUAGUACUUGUACUGAUACUACUACUGAUACUACUAGUACUAAUACUACUACUAGUACUACUACCACUAGUACUACUACUACUACCACCAAUACUACUACUACUAGUACUACUAGUAGUACUACUACUACUACAAGUACUACUACUACUACUAGUACUAGUAUUACUACUAUUACUAGUACUACUACUACUAGUACUACUACUACUACUAGUACUACUACUACUAUUACUAAUAAUACUACUACUACUACUAGUACUACUACAACUACUACUACUAGUACUACUACUACUAGUACUACUACUAGUACUAUGAGUACUAUUACUACUACUACCAGUACUAAUAACACGACUACUACUACUACAACUACUAGUACUACUAGUAAUACUACUACUACUACUAGUAGUAAUAAUACUAGUAAUACUACUACUUCCAGUACUACUACUACUAGUACUACUACUAAUACUACUACUAGUACUACUACUAGUAUACUACUACUAAUAAAAUAUUACUACUACUACUUUUCUACUAGUACUACUAAUACCACUAGUACUACUACUACUUCUAGUACUACAAUUAAUACUAGUACUACUACUACUACUACAACUAAUACUAGUACUACUACUACUACUAGUACUAGUACUAAUAGUACUAUUACUACUACUAUUACUAAUAGUACUACUAAUACCACUAGUACUACUACUACUACUAGUACUACUACUACUACUAGUAAUACUACUACUACUUCUAGUACUACUACUAAUACUAGUACAACUACUACUACUACAACUACUACUAAUAAUACUACUACUAAUAUUACUACUACUACUACUACCAGUACUACUACUAGUACUACUACUAAUAGUACUUGUACUGAUACUACUACUGAUACUACUAGUACUAAUACUAAUACUAGUACUACUACCACUAGUUCUACUACUACUACCACCAAUACUACUACUACUAGUACUACUAGUAGUACUACUACUACUACAAGUACUACUACUACUACUAGUACUAGUAUUACUACUAUUACUAGUAAUACUACUACUACUACUAGUACUACUACUACUACUAGUACUACUACUACUAUUACUAAUAAUACUACUACUACCAGUACUAAUACAACUACUACUACUAGUACUACUACUACUACUACUAGUACUACUACUACUACUAGUACUACUACUAGUACUAUGAGUACUAUUACUACUACUACCAGUACUAAUAACACGACUACUACUACUAGUACAAAUACUAGUACUACUAGUAAUACUACUACUACUACUACUAGUAGUAAUAAUACUAGUAAUACUACUACUUCCAGUACUACUACUACUAGUACUACUACUAAUACUACUACUAGUACUACUACUAGUAUACUACUACUAAUAAAAUUACUACUACUUCUACUGCUAUCUACUACUACUACAUACUACUACUACUACUACUACUGCUACUUCUACUACUACUACUAUACUACUACUAGUACUACUACUACUCCUAUUACUACUACUACUAUUCCUACCAAUACUAAUACUACUACUAAUAGUACUAAUAUUAUUACUAGUAUUACUAACACUAAUACUACUACUAGUACUCCUAAUAAUAGUACUAAUAGUACUACUAAUAAUACUACUACUACUACUAGUACUCCUCCUACUACUACUACUAGUACUACUACUAAUACUACUACGACUAUUAGUACUACUACUACUAGUACUACUUCCACUAGUACUACUACUACUACUAGUACUAAUACUACUACUACCAGUACUACUACUAGUACUACUACUACUAAUAGUACUACUAGUACUACCACUAGUACUACUAAUAGUACUACUACUAGUACUAUUAAUAUUACUACUAUUACUACUAGUAGUACUAAUACUAAUACUACUAGUGCCACUACUACUACUAGUACUACUACUACUAGUACUACUACUACUACUAGUACUACAACUAAUACUAUUACUACUACUACUAUUACUAGUACUAAUAUUAUUAUAAUUAAUAUUACUACUACUAAUACUACUACUACUAGUAUUAAUAAUACUGCUACUACUAAUACUACUACUACUAAUAGUACUAUUACUAAUACUAGUACUACUACUACUAAUACUACUACUCUACUACUA